AUGAUUGAAAAAUACAUUCUUCGUGUUACGGCGGGAUCGAGCUACGAUGAGAGCACUCACAUUGAGGUCCCGGUGAACGAAUCUGCGCCCCUGCGCAUCAAGAGCGAUGUUGCCGAUGUCGAGCUCAAUGUCCGGAUACAGGAUUACAAGGGACUGCCGCGUGGUUCACCAUCAACUUCGCCAUACUUUUCCACAGAGCCGCAUGCAAGCAACCAAGAUCAGUACAGCAUCUCGUUCCGCUUCACGCCACUCAAUCCAUCCAAGGCAAAGGCUGCAGAUUCCGCAGAGGAUCUUGCUUUGGGGAUCAGAGCUGCGGAUCUGCAGUUUGGCAAUGACUUUGACCGCCCUAUCAGAGACAAGCUGCCGCCAGGCUUCAACACUGCCAUGAACAUUGUUAAGUGGUGGAUUGACCCUGGUCUUGAUGGCGAUGCAUACGCAGAUAAGCCCUAUCUGUACGGCCCCGCGCUGAGUUCGUUCAAUGUCGUGUCCGUCGGUGCGGGCGUCUUUGACGAGUCAAGAGGCGGUUUGUGGUUCGAGGAGGGAGGGGACGAGAGAGGCAAGAAAAUCCGUGAGGUGAAUAGCGUGCCCAAGGAAAGCAAGCCGAGGAUGAAGUGGGCGUUGUCGGAUUCGAACAAGGAGAAAUGGAUUUGGGAGUAUGGAAGGACGUACGGCAUUGACUUUUUCAACCCGUACCUCGACUUUGCAAACCUGGCGCUGCGGCUGCCGGGAUUCCAGCUUUCCGUUGCGAGAUAUUUGGGGGCAGAGGCUUUGAGGUAUGACGGAAGGCUCGCACAUCAGUUGAGAUAUGUUCUUCGGAAUAAGGCGACUGGAGAUGUUUAUCUCGUCGUCACCUUUGCUUUAUAUCUCGAAGAGUCUAUCAAUGAAGAUGGCACCGUGAAAACUGCCAAUGGGACCAACGGUAUCACCAAUGGUCAUACGAACGGUCAUACCAAUGGACACGCCAACGGACACUCCAACGGUUAUACGAAUGGCAACCAUGUGAGCAAUGGCAUUGCGAAUGGAGUCGAGACACACGACGAAGACGUAGAUUAG